ACAUUACCUCUGAAACCGUAACAACUACCAUAGACUGCUCAACUACGACACCUACAUUAUAUUCUUGUCCUGAUAGUUUACAAGUUCCUGAAGAAUGUGAUAAAUGUGAACAAACCACAACAACAACUUGCACACCUACUACAACAGUGUGUGCUCCUACAACAGUUCCUACAACAGCGUGUGCUCCUUUUAUUUCUGAAGAUAUUUGUUGUGGUUCUAGUGGUCCUGCGAGAAAUGGUUCAAUUGCUAAUACUGGAGAAUCUUAUUACAGUUUUAAUACGACUUCUCUAGAAAUCUGUUGUCAAUCAUGUUACGCGGAUUGUAAUUGCAUUAACUAUUUUUUUCUUUCAACCAGAGACCAAACUACUUGCUUUUUUUAUGGAGAGUCAGGCGUUACGUGUGGCGAUAUAUUCUACAAGUCACCAAAUCCAAAUUCACAGGAUGGAACUGUAGGAUGUGGUUUUUGUAGAACAUAA